AUGACCGACAACAAGACUCCAGAGUCUAUCAAUGGAUCAUCACCAGAGCGCAUCGACGCGGGCGACACCGAGCCUCCAGAGAUCGAUAUCCAGGCAGAGAAGAGGCUUGUUAGAAAGCUUGAUCUGUAUAUUGUCCCUGUCGUCAUGCUUCUCUAUCUUCUUAGCUUCCUAGACAGAGUAAACAUCGGCAACGCCCGCCUCUACGGCCUCGAAUCGGAUCUCAAGCUGUCCCCGAAACAGUUCCAAGUCGCCAUCUCCAUCCUCUUCGUCACCUACAUCCUCUCCGAAGUCCCCUCGAAUCUCGUCCUCAAAAAGUUCCGCCCCUCCCGAUGGAUCGCCUUCAUCACCACCUCCUGGGGCAUCAUCGCCACCCUCACCGGCAUCACCCACUCCUACGCCGGCCUCCUCGUCUGCCGCCUCUUCCUCGGCGCCGUCGAGGGCGGCCUCUUCCCCGGCAUGGCCGUCUACCUAACCCUCUUCUACACAAAGCGCGAACUCGCCCUCCGCAUCGGAUACCUCUUCGUCAGCAGCGCCCUCGCCGGCGCCUGUGGCGGCCUCCUCGCCUUCGCAAUCGGCCACAUGGACGGCCUCGCCGGCCUCCGCGGCUGGCGCUGGAUCAUGAUCCUCGAGGGCCUCCCCACAAUCAUCCUCGGCAUCGCAACCUGGUGGCUCCUCGCCGACGACGCCAACACAGCAUACUACCUCUCCCCCGCCGACCGCGCCCUCAUGCACGUCCGCCGCGCCCGACAAACCGGCCAGACCGCCUCCGCACAGCACUUCCACUGGGCAGACGUGCGCGCCUGCGUCUCCGACUGGACCGUCUGGGCCUUCUGCGCCGCGCAGUUCGGCACCGACACCAUGCUGUACGGCUUCAGCACCUUUCUGCCCACCAUCAUCCGCGCCCUGUAUCCGGGGCAUGGCGCCGCGCUGGUCCAGGCCCUGACGAUCCCCGUGUACGCGCUCGGCGCGGCAACAUACCUGCUCGUUGCGCGCGUCAGCGACCGCACGCAGCGCCGCGGCGUCUACGCGGUGUCCUUUGGCCUCGUCAGCAUCGUCGGCUACGCGCUGCUGAUCAGCAAUAGUAGCGCGGGCGUGCACUACGCAGGCUGCUUCUUGGUUGCUAUGGGGCUGUAUGUCGCUGUGGGUCUGCCGCUCGCCUGGCUGCCGUCGAAUUGCCCGCGGUAUGGGAAGAGGACUACUGCCACGGGGCUGCAGCUGACGAUUGGGAAUUGCGCGGGCAUCAUGGCGAGUUUUCUCUACCCGUCUGCUGAAGGGCCGCGCUACGUGCGUGGCCACGCCGUCACACUCGGCAUGGUUGCCUUUGCGUGCAUCGUGCUGGCAGGCCUGUCGUUGCACUUUUCGCGCAUGAACGCGCGGCGGGCUCGUGGCGAGGAGGACGGCACGUGGGCGCAUCUGAACGCCAGUGAGAUUGCAGAGCUGGGCGACAAGAACCCCGCGUUUGUGUAUGCGUCAUGA